CACGUGCACAAGUUAUUUUUAUAUUAGUGUGACUUGUUUACUUCUAAAUUAUUUAAAAUUAAAUAGUUUUCUUUGCAAAUUGGAGUGAAAUGGCAUACGAAAUACAGGAAGUACAUAUUCGUCAUUGUAUGCUUUUUGAAUUUCGCAAAGGUAAUAACGCUACAGUUGCGACUAAGAACAUUAGUGAUGUUUACCCAGGUUCAUUAGAUGUUCGCAAAUGCCAAAGAUGGUUUUCCAAGUUUAGAUCUGGGAAUUUUGAUCUUUCUGACGCCCAUCGACCAGGAAGACCAAUGUCAUAAGACAACGACGUUCUAAGGGCAGAAGUUGAAGCAAAUCCAUGCCAAACCAUCGAAGAAUUGUCGAACACCCUUAACCAACCUUGGUCGACCAUCCAAGAACAUUUACACCAGAUAGGAAAAAUCAGCAGAGCAGGUGUUUGGGUCCCCCAUAACUUGUCAGUGCAAAACAAAGCCAACAGAUCAACCACGUGCAAUGCAUUGAUUCAACGGCACCAUGCAGAACCGUUUCUUGAUCGUUUGGUCACUGGAGAUGAAAAAUGGGUCCUAUACGAUAAUCCAAAACGCAAAAGGCAGUGGCUCUCCCCAAAUGAACCAGCACGCAGUACUGCAAAGCCGGGAUUACACCCCAAGAAGGCGCUCCUGUGUGUUUGGUGGAGCAUCCGCGGAAUCGUCCACUUUGAAGUGCUUAUUCCUGGACAAACUGUUAAUGCGGACCUUUAUUGAUCGAGUGAACCAAGCUCUAGUUGAGAAUUACCCGGCUAUCGUCAACAGAAAAGGUGUCAUUCUUCAACAUGACAAUGCAAGGCCGCACUGUGCACGACGGACGCUAGAAAAAAUUAAUGAAUUGGGAUGGGAGGUGCUGCCCCACCCUCCAUAUUCACCUGAUAUCGCCCCUUCAGAUUUUCAUUUGUUCCGAUCCUUACAGCACUUUCUAAGUGACAAAAAAUUUCAAACUUUGUACUACUUAAAAAAUGGCAUCUCCAGAUAUUUUAAUGACAAACCAAUACAUUUUUUUCGAUCUGGUAUAGAAAGUUUGCCCGCUCGAUGGCAAAAGGUUGUGGAAAAUGAGGCUGAUUACAAAAUAGCGCACGAUAAAGACACUCUUGCGUUAGAUACUUCAGAUCUUAAUACUGAUACAGAAACAACAGGAAAAAAGAGAAAGAGAAAGGAACUACAAAGAUUUGAAAUUCUCAAUGAAAAUGAUGAGCCUAAUGUUGAUUUUUGUCCUAAUAAGUUGUCACUUCAUGGAACAUCAAGUAGCGCAAGAAACACGUGUGCCCCAAAUGUAGAGUGUAAAAUUAUUCCUCCUAGUAAUGAGAAAUCGAUUCCUUUUUCAAUAUUCAACAAAAGUUCUGUUUCAUUAAAUAGUUCUUUAGAUAGUGGCACAAGUUCAUAUUUUCAAAAUGGUCAAAUUUUGUCACCAAUUAAUAGGACAGAUUUAAUGAUGGAUAAAAUUUUGGAAAAGCUCGUUGUGAUGGAAAACAGGCAGAAAUUCAAUGAAAAGAUAUUAAAAACUAUUUUUAUGAGGUUAGAAAGCUGUACAAAUGAGUCUCCAAUUGAAGAUUUACCUGUCAUAUUGCCUGUUAAAAAUUGGGAGGAUUUGAUAAUAUUAGAUGAAAUGAGUUCUUCUGUUGGUUUGUCAAGGUUGCUUGGUGUAAUUGGUGGGAGCAAUUUGAAAUCAAUUACAUUUAACAUAAUGAAUCAGCUAGUAUGUCAUGAACUAGCUCUAAAAAUGAAUUGGAGUGAUAAAUUCAAAAAUAAACACGCCUUUGGAAAGUUAAAAAAAAUUCCUGGCAUAGUAUAUAUUGCAGUUCAAAAGCAUGAAAAAGGAGGAAGUAAUGCAGAUGUUGAGAAGUGCAUAAAAAGGUGGCUGAUGCAAGCUCCGGACAGAAAUGGUGGCCGCGCACAACGUGCUUUAAAAACUUUAACUCAAAACUCUUGAAUUUUCUUUGAUAUAUUAUAUUUUACUUUCAUUACUUAAGUAUAACAUUUUUUUUAUAGUAUCAUACUUUUAUAUUUUACUAUACAUACAUACAUACAAUAUAACAGAAAAUUUUUCAGUGCAAGAUUAAGGUGUGGACUUUAUUUGUUUUGAAAUUUUGAGUUUUGAAAUUUAUUUUUUUGGUUAAUACCUUAAAUUUUGCAUGGAUUUUAAUGAAAGGUUUUCUUCAUUUUAACAUAUUUCUUUUUAAAAUUAUCGGUUUGAGUUUUUGACCAGUGCACUGGUUGAAAACUUACAUACAUUUAUUAACAAAUACAUACAUGUAUGUAUUUAUAUUUUAUUUUUAUGUAUUUAUAUUUUUAAGCUAUAUUUAAAAUAUAUAUUUAUUGCAACUAACCUAUUUUAAUGCUUUUUGUUCAAUAUUUUUUUGUGUUGCUAUUAUAGAUUAUUAUAGGUGAUUAUAGAUGUUAUAGAUUAUAGAUGAUUAAAAAAUGCUACAUGCUAAAGCUUCGUAAUCAUUAGAUACUUUAGAAAAGAAGCCAUUAAAGAUAUAUCCUAGUUAUAAAAGUUUAAUAAAUUUUUUCUGAUUUAUAGUUUAUAGUUAUUGCUUACUUAUUGUGCUAAAUAAUUUAUAUGUAUCUUCAAGUAUAUAGACUUAAUACGCAUCGACAUCUGGUACCAGUGGUAAUGUCACAAGCAUCUUUUAACUACAAGUAUAUUUUCCAUAUAUUUUGAAGGGGUUGUCUGCUUGUUUUCUUUUUGUUUUUGUAUUUGUUAGUGACAUCAACAUCUGGUAGCAAUGGUAACGUUCUAAAGUAUCUUUUCGAAAUAGCUGUAUAUAACCAAUCAAAUGAUUUUAUGUACUUUGUUUUUCCUAUGAUAAUCUUACAGAUUAUAUCUUUUUUAAUUCAUUAUAAAUGACGUUCUAAAGAUGUUUUUUUCUUUUUAUGUAUUGCAUUUUGUAGUCUUUAAUGGCAUCUGGUAGCAAUGUAUUUAGGAGCAACAGCAUUUAGUACCAGUGGUUAAGUUAUAUGUAUUUUUUUCGUUUUGUAAUCUUUAAUGAUAUUGACAUCUGGUAACCUUGGUAAGGUUGUAUUUUUUCAAAAUGAUUAUAUUUAUUGUUAAAGAGGUUAUAUGUUUAUUAUUCUUUUUAUUUGGUAUUCCUAAGGUACAUCCAAACUUAAAAGCAAUGGUAAAGUUAUAUCUUUUCAAAAUGAUUGUAAAAGACCUUUUCAUAAGGCCAUUAUAUAUUUUAAUUUUUAAGAUGUCGUUUGAUGUUUUAUAUGUUUUAUAUUUUGCAUUUUUUAGCGGCAUCACCAUCUAUUAGCAAUGGUAAUGGUAUAUCUUUUCAAAAUGACUAUCUAUCAGGAGCAGUUUAAAAUGCGAGAAAGAUAGCGUUAAAAUGUGAAGUAGAAGAUUAUUGAUAGUUAACACCAUAAUGACGAAUAAAUGACGGUUGAAGAAAUGAUGGCCAAGCUUUUACUCAUCUUAAACCUGUAUAUGAAUAUGAAUUGUAUUUUAGUUAACUUUUAUUAAAAUGUAAAAAAUUUAUCAAUAUAUAACGUAUUGCAAAAA